UGGGAAUGCGCGUGCGCACAGCUUGCCUGGGAGGAGAAGCUUUUUAUUGUUGCACGGCCGGGAUCGCCCGUCGGCGGAGGCUGUCCUAGGUGGAGGACCAAGAAGCGACCUACGGUUGCAGUUUCUUGGUCUCAUAGAUUGUACAAAACAAAAGCAAAGUACCUGGAGAGGAAGCCACUAGGUGGCAGAAUCCUUAAUGGCAGUGACAUGCGGCAUUUUAGCAGAAGUGGUUUGUACUCUGAAGAGCAACAGAGGGAUACGGUGAAGUGCCCUGAUGGAACGAAGCCGCUUCACAGUAUGCUGGGGUUUCCAAGGGUUCUGCCAACGAAAGCUCCAGAUGCUACAUUUCUUAGUCCUGCUGCCAGAUCUAUCAGCAAUCUUGAUACUGACUGUAGGAGACAAACACUAGUUGUCCCUUGUUCGUCCACUCCAAGGCAUCUAUCAGGUAAAAGAAGCCCGCGUUUCAGUGCCAAAAUGCCUGUAUUGCCUAGAAGUAUCGGUUCCUUACAACCUCUGGAGGACACUGGUUUUGAACCUCAGGAACUGAAAAGAUCAAAAAGUGUUUCAGCUACUGGGUCUUGUCCAUCCUAUGAAAUGUCUGUUCCGUGGUAUCAACACAAUCUGGCUGGCCAUGAAGAAACUCCCCAGCUGGGCAUGCAGAAACUAAUACCCCCAAGAAGCUGUUCUGUAGUGGAGCAAAUGAGAAAAAUGUCCUCCUUUCAGGCUGAUUACUGGGCAUGUGCAAUACCCGAUUCUCUGCCACCAUCACCAGACCGUCAGUCCCCCCUUUGGAAUCCUAAUAAAGAAUAUGAGGACUUGCUUGAUUAUACCUACCCUUUAAGGCCAAAAUACAAGCUUGCAAAAAAUUUCAAAGAUUCCACUGUCCAUGAUUCUGGGAUUGAUCUCGACAGCCUUUCCAUUUCCCCUGAGAGUACCUUGAAGUCUAUGAGUAUGUGGGACCAAGAACGCCAAACCAUGGAGAGCCCCGCUGCACAGAGGCUUUCAAGCCCUUUCUUGAAAAAGCUGGAAUGCUCAGCUCCAGUUUCUCACUGCGGAAGAUCCCCAGUUGGAAAGGCGUUCCUGGUGGAUGGAGGCCCUUCUGCUGGUGGAACUGGGGUUUCUGGAGUGAUGUCACCUAGUUUGUCUCUGGGGUGCCCUGCGCCACCUAAUUCCACUUUUGUAAUUGAGCAGGGCUGCAACAAAAAGAGAGACGAUUGUCUUCUGAGGAGAAAAGCUGCUUGUGGAAACUUCUUGUGCUCUACAAGUGUACUGCCUGUACAGAAAGAACGUGCCAGUGAUGAUGAAUACCUCUCCUUGCCACCAAGACUCAAGGAGUUAGAGACGUUGGCGCAGCAGCUAACUGAUCUUACACUGACCAUAAAGAAACCUGAACAUGGCCAGGUACAAGAUGACUUCCCUUGCUUCGGUGUGAAUGGGGAGCAGCUUCUGCCAGAGGUUCAGGGAGAGAGAGAUGAUAAUGACAGCCAGUGGGAAUUGUAUUGUGACUCUUUCCAUACGUGUAGUUUCCAAGGACCUGAUGAAAUAGACAGUCUAAGGGAUCGAAACAGCAAGGACCAUGAAAGUGAGCCAAGAGGAACUGCUAGCACUGAUUUUCUAGAAAUGAGAUGCCCAGAGUUGCUUUGCGUCGAGCAAAAGAAGGACCAUUGCUCUCUUGCACAGUGCAUUAAGAUGUUUUGCAGUCAGCUGGAAGAGCUCAUUCAUUGGUUGCAUAAAGUGGCAGAGGUUAUAGACCACUGGAUUCCUCCCAAGCCAGACAUUGAAAGUGUUAAAGCAUCACUUCAAAACUACCUGGAAUUCAAAAAAGAUUUAGCUGGGCAUCAAGCACUGACUGAAGGUGUGUUGCAUGAUGGUGAAAAACUUCUUAAAUGCAUGUCAUCAAAUUCACCAGUUUUACAGAAAACUCUUGGCUUGAUUGCAAAACAUUCGGAUGUGCUUAAAAGCCAUGCUGAACGGUUGUAUGAAUCUAUUUUAGCAGCAAUACAUGCCCUUGAUGCUGGCUUGAGGAAGCAUUGUGAUGCUCAAGAAACUGCUGUCCACAAAGAAACAUCUGAGUAAGCAAAAGAGAGAAAGGAUGCUGGGAAGAGUAGAUAUGCUCAACAAAGAAUGCAUUUUUUGUUGAAGUAUACAUCUGGAAAUCUUACUAAGGCCAUGUGGUAGUUUCUGCAUUGCGAUUCUCUGUCUUCACCUCCAUUUAACUGGGUGAAUCAGAGAAAAGAUUUAGGGUUGCCUUCCUGAAUCUUGUGCCUCCAGAAAUGAUGAAACAACUCUCCAAACUCCACAGCCAGUGUGGUUUUGGCCAUGGUGGUCAAGAAUGCCAGUUAUGCCGGCAAAGCUGAAGUCUGGUGAGAGUGAACUAGGCAGCCACAUCUGUUUCUGGCAAGUUUUGGCAUUAGAAAGAAUACUCAACAUUUGACAGAAAAUGAAGAAUAAAGUGAUUUAAGAAUAAUGAAUGAAAGCAUCACAGGAUUUCUCUGUAUUCAUUUAUUUUAUUAUUCUUUUAUCCUGCCCUGCUGUUUGGAUGGUUUGUUUCUCAGCUUCUGGGUUUAUACAAUGCAACAUGAGAUAAGCAGGCCUUUUCAAAAGUAAAUGUAAGAUUAUGUAUUCAAAGUAUUACUUGAAAUAACACAAUGCUGCAUCAGCAUUUUAAGUUCUUUAAAAAUUUAGCGUGUGCUUUUAUUUCUAUGCAGUAAUUAUGCCUAAUUUGAAUAACGUACCCCAUUUCAGAUAAGAUAGUGUGUUUCUCAAGUAGAUGUACAAGAGCAGCAGUGCACAGCUUGAAGGUAGGUAGUGGGACUAUGCAGAUGGAUCAACUUCAGUGCAGAUUCUGAAUGUGGCAUUCCAGCUUUUUCACCUGGGCUGUAGUGUUGGGGCCAUUCUCAUUGUUUAGCCUACAGUCAUGUGAUGCUCAAGCUGAUUGGAUCCAAUCAGUGCCUAGGUGGGAGGCUACUUACAACUGAGUAUUUUCUACGCAAAAUGUGAGAAGAAUAGAAAUAGCUAUUGAUGAUUUUAUUGCAGAUAAAGUUUCGAACUGAUGUGGAAGAAUGAACUAACUACAUUCGUAAGGAGUGUGAUGAGGCUCCCUAAAAAGAUUAAACAAGAACUUUUUCUUCAAACUUUUGAUGUGCUAUAGUGACAUCAAGCUUGGUUUCCAAGUUCAGAAGGUACAGCGGUGGGCUUUGUAUCUGGCACCAAAAUGUUGAAGAACCGUGUGGAAGGGAAACUUCUGCUGUUGGAGUGACAGGUGGCUUAAUGAUGAGUUUCUGAUUUGGAUAUCUACUUGCCAGGGCUGUGCAUGUUUCAGAAAUGAUUCAGAAGUGUCUGUGUGAGACACAGAUUCCUGUUGAGCCUCAAAAAAAAAAAAGUUGCAGUUGCUUUGAGAGUCAGAUUAUGAAUGGACUUCCUAAAGCAGCAGCGUUUCAUUUUCAGGUUUGUGUUGCAGCCUGAAAAAAUAUACAGGCUGCUAUAAAGAACAGCAGAGAGAUACUUUUUUAUGGGAGGUCCAAAGUGCUUCUAAAUAGUAAUCAAAACAUGUACAACCCUACUGUUUGUUUUGUAUUUUUUCAGUGAAUAACUGUAAGUCUUCAGUGCUUGUUAAUUUGCUCCUCAAUAGUUUUGCUGAUAUGGAAGCUACAUUUGUUUUGCUGAUAUGGAAGCUACAUUUCAAAUAAAACAACUUUAUUAUUUUAAAACAUGCACCGGAGGUAAGUGAUUUCAGUUACAGUGUGAGUAGUAGUCUGUUAAAGCUGUAAUGAUUUGGCGAAUGUGUUAUUUAAUUAAUUGUGAAAGAUUCAUGCUAAAGAAGUUACAAAUCUAUGUUGUACCUUAAAACUUUGAGGGCUUCAGGCACUGU